AAUGGGAGGAAUAGUGCGCCCCAUCGUUGGUGUCAGUGGGAGGAAUAGUGCCCCAUCGUUGGUGUCAGUGGGAAGGAAUAGUGCCCCCAUCGUUGGUGUCAGUGGGAAGGAAUAGUGCCCCAUCGUUGGUGUCAGUGGGAGGAAUAGUGCCCCAUCGUUGGUGUCAGUGGGGGAGGAAUAAUGCCCCAUCAUUGGUAUGAUGGUGGGAUGUGUAGUGCCCCCAUCGUUGGUAUCAGUGGGAGGAAUAGUGCCCCAUCAUUGGGCUAUCAGUGGG